AUGGGCAGAGAAGUCGCCGCCGCCUACCGUCGCCGCAAGUAUACCUUGCCCACCGAUCCCUUCGCCUUCCCCCUCUCCUCCCCCUCCAACUCCAGCAUGGACUCCCUCAAUGAAUCCCCCGACAAUCUCACCCCCGCCCGCAAGCACCACAAGCUCCUCAAGGACGGCAGCGAGGUCUGGUCCAAGGACGUUGAGAAGAUCUUUGUCGACGGCCUCCGCCAGUACUGGCAGUCCCCCUGGGCCACCUACUCGCGCGGCCGCAGCAGAUGGCGCAACCAGUUCCUCGUCGACCACCUCAAGAAGGCUGGUGUCGAGCGCACCAAGAAGCAGGUCGCAGUCAUAUCCAGGUCCUUCGCAACAUGUGGAGAGGCCAACCGGUUCCACCUCGUCGCCGGCGGCGAAGAGCUCUUCCAGGACAAUGGGCUCUUCUCCCCCACCAACCGCAAGUCCCCCGCGUCCCCCACCAGCUCUUCAUCCGUCGGCCGCGGUCGCGCAAAUUCCAUCGCUUCCACCAACGCCUCCUCCCCCUCCUCGACGCCCGAGUUCCCACUCUCCGACUUUCCGCCCGAGAUGUCCUCCGUCUACCCGUCUCUAUCCCCGCAGUCGAAUUUGUCGUCCUACGCGGAUCUUCGCGGAGAUGAACACUUCGCGUGCGCCAUCUCCCCUUCUUCCAUGGUUGAUCCCGCGUAUGGCGGUCUUUCGCCUUCCGCAGGCGCUCUUCCCGCAAGCACGCCUCUCUCCGUAAAACUCGAGCCGCUCGCGAUGGACUCCACCCUCUUCACUCUCCCUCAUGCGGCGUAUGCAGACCACUUGGGCGACUAUGCCCCGCACAACCGGAUAGCUUCUCUCUACUUCUGGGCGGACGGGAUGACUCCGCUUGCUGUCGAUCUCGACCGCCUCGUGGGCGGGGCAAACGAUGUCGCGCCUUCGACCACCUUCCUCCACUUCCGAGUUUCGGUGCCACCUGUUGCCGAUCUCCGAUGCCCGCCUACCUUUCAGGGUAUCAAUGGAGCCGUAUCGUUAGCGCGCUCCUGGCAAACUCUUGCGCGGUGCCAUUCGAAGAGUUCUGAUGCCAACGGCACCAUCGUCCUUCAGGAUGUGGGCGCGUUCACCCCCGUAACGACCCCGCAGUUGCAGACGUGCCUUGGCGUUGACGUGCGCGGCCAACAAGUGUGCUCCUUCAUGCCGGAGUCGGCGCUCACCCGUUGCCAUUGGAUCGACACCGUCAGCAAGAUCACUCAGCAGGUCUUCGUCGACAACGAGGUUCUUGCCGUGCUAGUUUACCACAUUGACCGCACUACCGAUCCCGGGCGUCCCGCACCCGCCAUGGAGGUAAUCAGCGUUCAGAAAUGUCCCUGGCGCCCCCAAGACUCUUCCCCGACCGCAGCCACGUCGCCCUAUCAGCUCCUAACGACCUCGCCGCCUGUCUCGCCUACCUUGCCUACCUUCCCGCGGGUGUCGACCUCCGCCGGAGGUCCCCUCUCGCCCCAGCCGCCGAUCAUGCACCAUGGCAUCCACAGCCCUGGUGCGAGCUCCGGUGCAGGUGUCGGUCUGAGCUCUGGUAUGGGCGGCGUUGGCGCGGUAGGCGGGAUGGAUGACGCCUCGGCGCGGAUGUUCAACUUCGCGUACUCGCUCCCCUCGCCAUACGGCUUCCACUCCGCCUGA